AUGUCCCUAGAAGAGUUUCUAGGAAAUGACACUUUAGGCGAGUCAGUAUGGGAUGAGGAAGAUAUUAACUUGGAUGCUAUAAGCAACACUACGAAUAUCGAUAUUUUGAAACAAACUAAGGCAGGCAGCGAGCAUCAACGUGAUGGUCACCAACAGAACCCACAAGGUAGCCAUGGACCCAUGAACAGAUCACGCUUUUCUAAUUCAGGUCCUUUUGGUGGUAGUGGCAUGGGGGAUUUUGCAAAUCAUCACCACCCACUGCAGCAUCAGCAAGGCCCUCCUUAUAUUGUUAAGUUUUCUGAUUUACCACCGAGAUUUUCCAACUUUGACAUUGAAGACCUUUUCCAGGCAAAGUUUACUAAAUUCAUUAAGUUUAAACUGUUUUGGGAGGUAAAUAAAAACCCCAGUAUUUCUACUUUGAAAUCAGGGUCAGCCUUCGAUCAAAAUUUUAAACGUGACUCCAAGGUAGCAUUUGUCGAGUUAUACACAUCUCGUGAUAUGGACAAGAUUUUGAACUAUUGGACCGCGCCUCUGAAGGAAAUUUAUCACAUUACCACAGCACCCGCAGAAUUCGACGAUUUCAAAGAUUAUAGCACGAAGGUGAAAUUGUUAACGGAUCCUAAAGAUGAUGCCGGUAAACCAUUCAUCACCAAGAAACAGAGAUCAAAAUCCAAUCCUUUUGGAAGCGCCAAACCAGUUGAUACGCAAUCGAAGAUUUUGGAUAUUGAAGAAAAAAUGGAAAAUCUACAUGUAGAAGAUACAACGACUCUGAGGGCAUCAUUGAUUCCUAGUAGUGAUUCUGCGGCGACUACCGCGGCUGGCAGCAAGAUCACAAUCCUGAAAAAGCAAACAUCUACAGAGGAGGAAUCACAUUCUGCAACCCCAACCCCCAAGCCUUUAAGUUACUCCGAAGCAGUGGAGAGAUCUGCGGUUAAUGAAACUUCCAAGAAAGGAACUCCGUUAAGCAAGCUUGGUUCACCAAUUCUUGAAUUACAAUCUAAGGCCGAUAAAUCAGAAGAGUUCAAAGGAGGGGAUGAGCAAGGCUUUGAGAAAUGUGAUGAUGAUAAAACUCAAACAGAUGUCUCAAGUGAUAAAGAUAAAGCCGCAGAAACAGAUACUGAUAAACAAUUCACUUUCAAGAAUGUGGAAAGAGAACAUAAUACGGGUAGGGCCAAAUAUAACGGGAACCAUAACAACAAUAAUGGCAAUUUUAGAGGAAGUAAUAGAUAUCGUGGAGGCUCCAAUAGCAGCAAUUAUAAAGGUGCGCAUAACAAUCGUGGUAAUCGCGGCGGAUAUCGCGGUGGCAGCUCAUACAACAACAACAAUAACAACAACACUAAUGAUAAUAAUAAUAAUAAUAAUAAUAAUAACAAUAAUAAUAAUAUUAAUGGUUCGAGAUAUCAUGAUCGACAAAACAAUGAAGAUGGGGUAAACUCAGAUUCAUCCUCAGAUGCCUCAGGAAACAAAAAGAAUGAUUUUACGAACUCAGCAUCCAAUACACAACAAUAUUCCAUCUUCAAACCAGCAAGUGGAUUCCUUGGUCAAAGUAAUAAUGAUUCUAUGAGGAACAAUGGACGUGGUAACUAUAACAGCAGCGGUAUGAACGGAGGUUCGAGAGGAAGGGGAUUUAGUAGAGGAAGAGGAUUUGGUAGAGGUACAUAUAACAAUCGUGGCAGUCGCGGUGGACGUGGAGGCAGCGGUAACUACUCCAAUUACAACGCUAGAACAACAGACAUGUCUUUAUGA